AUGGCUACACAGGCAGAGUCGCCAGCCACCGACGCUGCUCGUCCGGCGCCGGAGGCCAUCGAGCAGAAGCUAGUAGACGAGAGCAAGAAGGCCGGAGUGCCUGCGUUCCAGUUCGAUCCGGAUGCGUCGCCAGAGAAGAAAGCUGAACAGGCAAAGAUGGCGAUACCUGCUGGUUUCCAGAAGAAUGGCACGAAUGGAACAAACGGGAGUCAGGCUGCUGUCAAUGGGAAGGAGGCUGGUGCCGUUGCUCUAGCUACGGAUAUGGGAGCUACAAAUGGCACCAAGAAACCUGCCGAAAUGGAAAAAGCUGACGAAGCAGACAAGCCCAAGAUGGAGGUCAAGGAACUCUCUGAAGAGGAGAAAUUCGCUCCCGGUAGAACUGGAUGGGCUCCUCGAUUCUCUGCUCCAGCUGCAGAAGACAGUGCCGUUGAGGAACCGGGGCUGCCUCCGACUCUCCUAGAAGGGAAGCUUGAGGAUAAGUUCUUCGGAGAUUGGUACCACAACACUGCAGUUAUCAUAUUUGCCUGUCUGGCUUCUUGGAUUAUUGCUCUCUUCGGUGGUGGUCUAGGAUGGGUGUUCCUCGUCAUGGCCGCUUGUGGUACCUACUACCGUACUUCUGUCCGCCGUGUUCGACGAAAUUUCCGUGAUGAUAUCACCCGAGAACUGGCUAAGAACAAGCUCGAGACAGACACUGAGACUCUCGAGUGGAUAAACAGCUUCCUCGCCAAGUUCUGGCCCAUCUAUGCCCCCAAUCUUGCUCACUCUAUCAUUUGCUCUGUGGACCAGGUUCUCAGCACUUCUACCCCAGCUUUCCUCGACAGUCUGCGGCUCAAGACGUUCACCCUCGGUAGCAAACCGCCUCGUCUCGAGCAUGUCAAAACCUACCCCAAGACUGAGCCAGAUAUCGUCCUCAUGGACUGGAAAUUCAGCUUCACCCCUGCUGACAAGAUGGACUUGACUGCUCGCCAGAUCAAGGACAAAAUUAACCCCAAGGUCGUGCUUGAAGUUCGUGUUGGUAAGGGCAUUGUCAGCAAAGGUCUCGAUGUCAUCGUGGAGGACUUUGCCUUCUCCGGCCUGAUGAGAGUAAAAGUAAAGCUGCAAAUCCAAUUUCCACACGUCGAACGUAUUGAUAUUUCUUUCCUGGGCAAGCCCGAGAUCGACUACGUCUGUAAACCCAUUGGUGGUGAGACCCUAGGCUUCGAUAUCAACUUCAUUCCUGGUCUCGAGACCUUCAUCACCGAACAGAUCCACGGAAAUUUGGCGCCAAUGAUGUACGAUCCAAAUGUUUUCCCCGUCGAAAUUGCUAAAAUGCUCGCCGGCAACCCAGUUGACCAGGCCAUUGGUGUCCUUGCCGUUACCAUCCAUGGAGCCAACGGUCUCAAGAAGGCCGACCAGUUCUCCGGCACCCCAGACCCUUAUACCCUGGUUUCGAUCAACAGCCGAACCGAAUUGGGCAGGACAAAGACGAUAUCUGACACUUCGAACCCCAAGUGGAACGAAACGCUCUAUGUUAUUAUCACCUCGUUCACCGAUGCCCUCACUCUGCAGGUCUUCGACUGGAACGAAUUCCGAAAGGACGUUGAACUCGGAACCGCAACCUUCUCCCUGGAAUCUCUUGAGACUGAGGAGGUGCAUGAGAACCUUAACCUCGAUAUUAUGCAAAACGGCCGUAACCGUGGUGUCAUGCAGGCAGACGUUCGCUUCUUCCCCGUCCUUACUUCCAAGAAGACCGAUGGUGGUGCCAUUGAGCCCCCACCAGAGCUCAACACCGGUAUUGCUAAGUUCACCGUUGAACAGGCCAAGGAUCUCGAUGGAAGCAAGUCCUUUAUUGGACAACUCAACCCUUAUGCUGUCCUGCUUCUUAAUGGCAAGGAAGUCCACAUCACUAAGAAGUUGAAGCGUACCAACAAUCCCAUCUUCCCCGACCCAUCGAAGGAAAUCCUGAUCACUGAUCGCAAGACUGCCCGCCUCGGAAUGAUGAUCAAGGAUGACCGUGAUCUUGCUACCGACCCCAUUCUUGGGAAACAGCAGAUCAAGCUGAACGACAUGUUGAAGAUGAUGGACAAGGGCAAAGAAUGGUUCGAACUUGCUGGUGCCAAAACCGGUCGUGUCAAGAUGAGGUUAGAAUGGAAGCCAGUUGCUCUCAAGGGUGUCGUAGGCAGCGGUGGUUACAUCAACCCCAUAGGUGUCAUGAGACUUCACAUUAAGAACGCAAAGGAUCUUCGAAACGUCGAGACCAUGGGCAAAUCCGAUCCUUAUCUACGUGUCAUGAAGUCUGGAAUGGAAGUUCGCCGUACCGUCACCUGGUUGAACAACUUGAACCCCGAGUGGGACGAGGUUCUUUACGUUCCCGUCAACUCUGCUCGCGAGAAGCUGGUUCUUGAAGUCAUGGAUGACGAAUCCAUUGGAAAGGAUCGACCACUUGGUUGGGUCGAGUUGAACGUUGGCGAGUACAUCAAGGAGGGAGAGGAUGGUGAAUACGAAGUUCACGAUGAAAAGAGAGAUUUGUCCACUCCUCUCAAGCUCGAUGGCCGCAGUAACCAGAAGGGAGUUCUCAACUACACUGUCGCCUUCUACCCAACUCUCCAAGUUGUUGACCCCGAUGAAGAGGCCGACGAGCUCGAGGCCCAGAAGGAACUCGCUGCCGCUGCUGCUGAAGAAGAAGGCAAGCCGACUGAUGCUGAUACCGCUGUUAAGGCUGAGGCUACCACGAACGGUGAUGCUCGCCCAAGCACUGACGGCCUGGUCAACGGCGAAAAGACCGAGAAGGAAGUACCGAAGAUCCACCUCACUGCCCAAGAUGUGCACAAAUAUGAAUCUGGUUUGAUUGUCUUUAAGCUAGAGGAAGGAGAUUUCUCAAGCACUGGCACCCAGCUUGAGGUUUUGAUGGAUGACAACCUUUACCCAACGUACACCUCUCCUAGGAUUCAAUCCAAACACAUGGUAUUUGGCGAUGUUGGCGAUGCAUUCGUUCCUGAAAUGGAGUUCUCCAAGAUCACCCUGCGCCUUGUUGACAAGUCUGACCGUCACAACGAAGACUCUGAUGAUCACUCAAUCGCCAAGCUCUCUGGACCAACUCUGGCCACUCUCCAACAAUGUUUGUAUAAACCAACUGAGCUUGUUCUGAGAGGAUCCGAUGGAAUCAACAGCAAGGUUACUGUGAGCUUGAAGUAUCUCCCGGUUAAGAUGAAGCUUGACCCAUCGGAGAGCAUCAACAACAUGGGAAAUCUUCGGGUGGACGUCCUGGAUGCUGCCGACCUGCCAUCAGCAGAUCGAAACGGAUACAGUGAUCCAUACUGCAAGUUCAAGCUUGGAGACAAGGAAGUAUUCAAGACCAAGGUCCAGAAGAAGACACUGCACCCAGCCUGGAACGAAUUCUUCGAAACACCCAUCAAGUCUAGAAUUGCAGCUAACUUCAGGGCUGACGUUUACGACUGGGACUUUGGUGACAAGGCGGAUUACCUGGGAGGCACUAUUAUUGACCUUACCAAUCUGGAUCCAUUCCAGGCACAGGAGAUCAGCCUUCCUCUCGACGGCAAGUCUGGCGCAAUCCGACUGAAGCUGCUCUUCAAGCCAGCCUACGUUACCCGUUCUCGACAAGGCUCAUCUACGUUCUCCGGGACCUUUGCAGCUCCAGGAAAGAUUGUUGGAGCCCCCGUCAAGGGAGUCACCAUGCUUGGAGGCGGAGUAGUCAAGGGGGCGUCUUUCCUCAAGCACGGCUUCAAGCGAUCCAGUCGUGCCCAGGUUGAGACUGAGGCCGAGCCAGAAGCCGCCGCCGCCGCCACUGCUACCAACGGGACUCACGGCCACACGCCCAGUGUGGAAGUGUCAGCACCAGGAACCCCUCAGCGCGCCGGAGCAUUAGCAGACUCACCCUCCGGAUCCCCCGUCAUGUCACACUCGCGCUCACGCAGCAGCGCUUCUCAGGCCGGUCUCGGCGUAUCUAGUAUCAAAGGCGAAACGGGAGCAGCUAACAUCACGAUUGUCUCUGCUACCGGCUACCCACGCUCCACUAACGUCCGAGUAGUAGUCAAGCAGCAGACCAGCAAAGGGAUGAAAGAAAUCCACAAGUCCAAAGCCCACAAGGCCCACGGCUCCUCCUCCGAGACUGAAUCAGUCGUGCAAUUCGACCCCGGCCACGAGACCAUCAAGAUCAACUCGGUCACGGCGGACGCCCAGUUCCAGCUUCAAGUCAAGGACCACGCCGUCUUUGGAUCUGACGACAUCCUGGGAGAAGCUCUCUUCUUCCUGGACGACCAAGGGUCUAACGCGGGCAAGGAGCGUAACGUCAAGGUUGGAAAUGGCUUUGUGACUAUCAAGACUGUCUUUACGUCUUCGGAGUCCUCGUCUCUGAGACCAGGUACUUCCCAUUCCAACACUGGUCCAGAAGAGAGCACCGCUGACUCUCCAAAGCCACGUAGAAGUUUCCUAUCGAAACGAAGCGUCAGCGGCGUGGGCGCAUCUUGA